GAUGCUUGAAAGUUGAAAGUCAUUUUGGAGAGUCAGCCUGGUGGUCUCUCUCCUCCUACACGAGAGCAACAACUUGCCCACACUCCAUUCCUCAAUUUUAAGCAACUUCCACAAUCGUAUCAAUCAAAUAUCCCCCAAAUUUGCGAAAUUACGCCAUUGUUAAUUCAAAGUAUUUUCUAAACCCCUUAAAAUGGCACCAGUUUCUGCUCUCGCUAAAUACAAGCUCGUCUUUUUAGGGGAUCAAUCAGUUGGUAAAACCAGUAUCAUUACUCGUUUCAUGUAUGACAAAUUCGAUAAUACUUAUCAGGCUACAAUUGGUAUUGAUUUUCUCUCAAAGACUAUGUAUCUUGAAGAUCGUACUGUUCGUCUACAGUUGUGGGAUACUGCUGGGCAAGAGAGAUUCAGAAGUCUUAUACCAAGCUACAUAAGGGAUUCAUCUGUGGCAGUUAUUGUAUACGAUAUUGCAAGUAGACAAUCCUUCCUUAACACCGUUAAAUGGAUUGAAGAAGUGCGCACUGAGAGGGGUAGUGACGUUAUAAUUGUCCUUGUUGGAAACAAAACUGAUCUUGUGGAUAAAAGGCAAGUGUCCAUAGAGGAAGGAGAAGCUAAAGCUCGUGAUCUCAAUGUCAUGUUCAUUGAAACUAGUGCCAAAGCUGGUUUCAACAUAAAGGCAUUAUUCAGGAAAAUUGCUGCCGCGUUACCUGGAAUGGAAACACUUUCUUCAACAAAACAGGAGGACAUGGUUGAUGUAAGUCUGAAGUCCACAUCAAGCGCACCUCAGCAGCAUCAGGCUAGUGGAUGUGCUUGCUGACCCUGCAUCAUCUUGCUCCUUGGGAAUCGCAUUUUACUUAAUCUAGUGUACUUUUUUGUACGUCUGGCCUCGCAUUCUAGAGAGAUUUUGCUUUUCCUUUCUUUUAAGUAAUCGUAGUUAUGUGGUGGUUUUUCUGCUAGAGCUAAAGGUUGUUCUCUGGAAAUUUAAGGGACUAAAGAAUGUAGAAAGAUUCAUCAGAAAUGUAUGUCAUUUUGCCUGAAUUUGGACAAGUAAUGUAUGUCAUGUGUGAAAUAUGAUUUGUCAGCUUCCUUUGUCCGAAUUGCAUCCCUCUUGGGGAAGAACUAAGAAGCAUAUAAAGCUAAUAUUUUUCCAGUUUAAAA